AUGGGCAACUGCGUGUGCCAGCAGGCAUCCCGGCACGCCGCGACGGCGGCGAGCCGGUGUGGGCAGAGCGGGGGGAGGACUGGCGAGGAGAGGAAGACGAGCGUCAAGGUGACGGUCAGGAUCAGCAAGAGCCGGCUGCAGAAGCUGAUGGCGAGUGGGGCCGGCGGCGGCGAAGGGAUGACGCUGGGGAAGGUGCUGGCGGAGAUCGUGAGCGCCGGCGAGGUGGUGGUUGACGGCCACCACCGACGACGGGGCUGGGAGCCCGCGCUAGAGAGCAUCCCGGAGGCCAUGGAAUCGUGA